CGUCACGUCAUUUGGAAGAAAAUAACGUUCUAGAUGGAUAUUUUCUUCGAAAUGAAGAUCUUCAUCAGGCAAUUGUAUUGCCAAAAGCAGAAUGGGAAAGGAUUCAGGACAAUCUUGGCAGAACAACUAGAGAAGCAGCACGUAUCCUCGCUGAGAAGAAAGAACGGGAAGAAAUGCACUUACGCUCCAAAGCAGCUGUAAAAGACUGGCCCAAUACCAUUAUGGGCCUGGCACAGCGGAAACUUAAAGCCAGACAAUUACGUGAAGAAAGGGAAGAGGAAGAAAGAAAGCUACUUGAUUUGGAAGAAGAACAGUUCCAAGCAGCAAAACGGAAGGAGGCUAUUGAUCGUGCAAAAACCUACCUAUACUAUCAGAACGGAAGAGUGAAAGGGUUGCAUAGUGCACUUCUACUUGCUGAGGUCCUAAAAGAAAGAGAUGCUCAAGUUGAAUUUAAAAAGUUAAAGUCAGAUGUUAACAAAAAGAAGGAUGAAGAAAACGAACUUGAACGUAAAGAAGCUAUUGUCAGAGAGCAAGAAAAGGCACAUCAGCGUUACAUGAGUCAACAGGCACUACGCAGAGAUCAGCUGCAACAAAUAAAGGAGCACGAGCAUCAGGCAGAUCUGGCCAAGCUAGAAGACAAGAGAGAAGGAGAAGAAAUACAGAGAUUGAACCAAUUGUAUCAGUUGGAAAUUCAGAGAAGAAUGGAAAAGGAACAGGAGGAAAAACUUGAACACCAGAGGCUGUAUCAUGAGUAUGUAACUGAUCAGAAAAUUAUCAAGGCAGUAGAGGAACAAAAACAAAUGGAAGAAGAUGAUCGGAUUAAAGCUCAUUUUAAAGCAAAGGAAACUAUUGCCAAGCUGAUAAAAAAGAAAGAAGCUGAAAUGCGUAGACUAACACAGGAACAUCAGGACAAAAUCGUUAGCCAAUUAGCUGUACAAAUGAGUGAGGCGUUAAAGAGGGAAGAUGAUCGUCUUGCUAGAGACAUUGCAAAAAAAGAAGCUGAACAAGAAAAAAAAUGCAAAGAGAAAGAAGCAAAAGAAAAGGCAGCCAUUGAAUCUAUUGCUGAACAUAGAGCCACUGUGAUGAAAAUGGAAAAGGAGAGAGAGGAAAAAGCAGAGGGUAAAAAAGAACUUAAUGAGUUAAUGGAACAGAACCGCAUAUACCUGGAAAUGGAAAAAGCCAAGAAACAAAGACAACGUGAUGCAAACAUGGAAGUACAGAAAAUUCAGAUCCAGCAAAUGGCUGAAAAGCAGGCAAGAAAACAGCAGGAAAAGCAAGCAGAUUUGGACUACGAUGCUCAGAGAGAGGUUAUUGCACUUUGUAAGGAGCGUGAAUUUCAGAGCUAUGCAAAGCAAGUAAUUGAAUCAGAGUCCAAGACUACACAUCAUCUUUAUCCUCUUCUCAAAGCAUCCAAAGAUGGAAGAGGACUUGGACACAAGCCUCUGGAAAAUCCAGAGGAAGAGAAGGAAUAA